CAAGAAAUUUUCAUUAUUACCGCUUCAAGUGUUGCCAAAAAUUUCACGAACCCAUUAAAACCCCCCAAAAGAUUAUCAUUUUAGGUAUCUCUUUUAUCUGUUGCUCUCUCGAUCUCUCCGUCGUCUUCUUUAUUCAGUUUGUUUUCCACAGUUAGAAGGAUGGCUUCACCAAUAAUAGGUGGGCGCUCCUAUGGGAGAUCAUCAAAUCAUCAAUUUGGUAGUAGUUCACAAGAACCCCUUUCCCCUGCUCUCUCGCCUGCACCUGUUGCGAAUUCUGAACCAAGUGUACAUAUGGAAGAUUCAUAUGUAGUUCGUACAGAUUUGCCCAUGCUCCAUCAUUCUCGAAACAAUGGAUCUAAAUGGUUUAAACACAACACUGAAGUGUCAACUGCAAUCAGAAAGAUCAUUCAAGGUUGUUUCAAAGGACCAUGGUACUCUUGGAAAAAAGUGCCUCCUUACUAUAAACGAACAUGGUUUUCAAUGUUUAAGAAAAAGUUCAAUUGGGAUGCUUCAAUCAACUAUUCAGUUGAAAGAGAGUUUAACAAAACUGCUGCCUAUCGCCUCAAAGGAAUGGUAAGUGUUGUAAAGAAAGGAGGAGUGAAACCUGACUGGAUUUUGUCUGAUUAUUGGACCACUAUGCAAGCUUAUUGGGCAACAGCGAAAGCCAAAAAAACGAGUGCUAGUGCACGUGCUUCUCGAUUGUCUGAUCGCAAUGGCUUAGGUCCGCAUCGACAUAGAGCGGGUUCAUGUUCCUAUGCCAAAGUUCAAGAUGUGCUGGAAGCAAACAAUGAAGACUCCUCUUUUAUUGCUGUGAUGAAGAAAACUCAUCAAAGACCUGACGGAACAUACGUUGAUGAGCGUGCUCGCUUGGUUGCAGAAACUUAUGAGAAACAUGUGGAAGAACGUUUGGGACAGCUCGAAUCUUCUGGUCAAGAUAAUGUAACACUUGAGAAUCUUGACCAGAGUGAAAAAAAUGAAAUUUAUGUCAAGGCUGCUGGAAUGUCUAAGCAGGGACGUGUCUUUGGACUUGGAGCAUUACACAGUAAGAUUUUACCAGCUUGUGAUGUUUCACCGAAUGCACCCGAAACUUCUGAAGAAGUUGAAAAGAUAACACAAAGAUUGCAAGAGGUGGAAGCAGAACUAAAACAGAGCCGUGAAGAGAAUCUGCAGUUUCAGAAAAGACUUGAGAAUAUGGAGACUCUUGUUCAGUCUAUCACAAAUCUCAGAGUCUAGACUUGGAUCCACCACCAAAAAUUUCCACUUUCCAUGAAGCUCACGUUCACCCCUUGUUUCUAGUAUCUUUUAUUAUGUAUUUUGUUAAGACUGUUUCAUGUUUAUUUUCUUUGUGAACCUAUCUUUGUUAUUCGAUUUGGAUGUUAACUUUUAUUUUGGUAUAUGAAUUGUAACGUUUUUAGUUGUUUCAUCGUAUAUUUAUAUAAUAUUUAUAUA